AUGACAGAGGUGCAUUUUAAAUUCCAUGGAAAUCUCACUGGGCGUGCCCAUUUUCCCACUCUGGCAACAGAGGUCGACACCACUUCAGACAAGUAUUCCAACCUGUACAUGUAUGUGGGCUUAUUUCUGAGCCUCCUGGCCAUUCUCCUCAUUCUGCUCUUCACAAUGCUCCUUCGGCUCAAGCACGUCAUCUCACCUAUCACCACUGAGAGCACAGAAAGUGUUCCCCAGUUCACAGAUGUAGAGAUGCAAAGUCGAAUCCCCACUCCUUAA